AUGGAUCUCUCUUCCAGGCUACCUAUGUUGACAUUGCCUUUGAAGGAGACUUUAGAAGAACCAGAUGUAAAACCAAUGAAACAGAGUGCAUGCUCCCCAAGCAUAGAUUAUACUGGCCUUUCUCUUCUUAAAAGGUAUUACUCUCAGCUUCAAUUGCUUAAAGGGAGGAAGGAGUUAUUUCAUUCCGACGUCAACACUACGAGCGAAGAGAUAUCCUACGAAGAAUCUGCAACUAUGUACAACGUGGCAGCUCUUCAUACUAUACUUGCUGCGCGAGAGACUCGCAAGACCGCUGAUGUUCGUGCAUAG